UUUACCAAGUUUUGUCUACUGGAGGUAACGGUCAACUUAAAACUGUUUAGAUAAAAUAAAAAAUUGUAUUUUUCAUCAAAUUAACAAUGUCAAGGAUAGAAGUUAUAAGGGAAUCUAUAGAAAAAACGUUGAAGGAUGAAAACAAACCAUGGGCGAAGCUGUUUGCAUUUGCUGAAGAAAAAACUGGAGUCAAUCGAGUAUACAUAUUUGUUGGAUUUAUAGUUAUAUUCUCAUUAUAUUUGCUAAUUGGAGUUGGACAACAGCUAGUAUGUAAUAUUAUUGGUUUUGUUUAUCCUGCAUAUUAUUCAAUGAAAGCUUUAGAAAGUCCUAUGAAGGAAGAUGAUUCAAAAUGGCUAACUUAUUGGAUUGUAUUUGCUGUCUUUACUAUCAUUGAAUUCUUUUCAGAAUUUAUUGUACGUUGGCUUCCUUUUUAUUGGUUAUUAAAGUGUAUCUUCUAUAUAUGGUUAAUGGCACCAAUGGAAUAUAAUGGUUCUUUGAUUAUUUAUGAACGUAUUGUACGCCCAAAAUUUUUGCGAUAUCAUUCUCGCGUGGACAAAUUUCUAUCUACUAAUCAUGAACGUGCAUUAAAAAUUGCAGUAGAUACAAUUCUAGCAGAGAAACGAGAAUAACAGUAGCAUUUGCAUCAUAAUGUUUUUGUUUUUAUCUUGAAAUUACCAAACUUGAUAUAAAGCAAAAAUUACAUUGAGCAUUUUAUAAUCAUAUUGUACCCAUGAAUUAAGGUGCUGUUUGAAAUUUUUAUAAUAUUCUUAGGGUGGAAAUCAUUUUUAGGAUAUUUCUAAUCUACAAUCAAAUAUUUCUUAAAUUUGAAAUUUUAUUUUUAUUGUCGAUUAUGACAGAUAAGCUCAAAAAUAAAUGUAGUAUUUGAAAAACUUGUAUUACAAUUGCCUUUAAAUGUUUUUAAGUGUAACAUUUAUGAGUAAAAAUUGCUUUUUAUCUACAUGUACCUUAAAUAUAAUCAUAUAAUAGUCACGAAAAAACAUGUAAAAAAGUAAUAGAUUAUUUUUAUAUUUAUACCAAGUAUCUAUCAAAAUAUGUAAUUGUCAUCUUUUAUAAUGAAAUAUGUAUAUAGAUACUACACAUCCUUAUUACCUUGUAUCCUACAUUGAUCUAUUAAAUAAUGUUUUUACUUGA